CGAAUAUUUUUUGUACCCGUUUCAGUUGCACACACGUGAGUCACGUGACUUUCAUCCCGCCCCUGUCUCUACUCUCUCUCUCUAAGCUGAUCUUCAUCCUCUCUCUAAAAAUGUCCCGUCAGCUGUCAAAAACCCUAAUUCCCCACGGGAGAUUCUCCCUCCGUCGCUUCAACGAGCCGACGUCGCCGCCGAACAUCGUCUGUUUCAGCCGCCGUCCCUAUUCCUCCGAGCCGCAUGUCAUCGAGAUCGACCUCGAUUCUUCCUCCUCUAAAGCCGAGGCCGAAGCCGCGGUCCUCAAGAACCUGAACGAGUUCGUUCGAGGGAUCUUCGUUGAGAAUCUGACUCCUGACUGGCUCCCUUUCGCCCCCGGCUCCUCCUUCUGGGUCCCGCCGCAUCAGAACACGGCCGUGAAGAUCGCGAGUUUGGUCGUUGACAAGGUGACGAAUCCGUUGACGGAGGAGGAAGCUUUCUCUCUGUUUUCUCCUUAUGGCUCGCCUUGUUCCUCUUUCUACAACCCUCUAGAUGAUGGUUCUUCAUCUACACAAGAGGAAGUAGAAGGUAGCAUGGAGUUGAGCAUCACGGGGAACGAGGUGCUGGAAGUCAAGCUAGAGUCUUUUCCACAUCCUUUUUACUCUUCUAACCAUGGAGGAGACGAUGAGGAGUGAUCUUACAUGUUCAGCUGCUCGCGAUUAAGUCCAUUCCUGAUGCCGUUGGUUUGCAUAUACGGGGGCUUGGGAAAAAAAACAGAUGAUUCCUGAGACUGAUGACGAGGUUGUAUGUGUACAGUUUGCAAACCAUCCAUCGAGGGGUUAUAUGAUGUUUGGUUGGCCAUCUUAACGCCUUUGUUGACUAUAUUUAAUAAAGUCUUUUAUUUAUUAUUAAGCUUGGUGGGAGCUGCUUGCUUCUUAUCCACUUUCUGAGCCAGAGUUCAUCAUCGUAGUAUUGUUAACCAUUAAAAUCAAUGCUAGU